AGAGAUCGAGCGCAGUACUGGCGAAAAUGCAGCAGAAGGAGUGUGUUUUUCUGGAUCGGAGCAAUCAUUCCCAGCUGGUUACAACGACGCCAUCAACCGCUCGUCCAGUGCUUUUCCUGCUCCUGGGCAUUGGGAUUGGCUAUCUAAUCACCCAGGUGCUUGUGUGGCCCAUAAUGGAACUCAAAUCGCACACGAAUCGCACGGCAAGAUGGACUGAACUGGACAUUGACUUGACCGAAGAGGUGCGAGUCCUGUGCUAUGUGUACACACAGCCCACUAAUCACAAGACGCAGGCCAAAGCCGUUUGGGAAACUUGGGGCAGGAGGUGCAACAAGCUGAUCUUCUUUAGCAGCCGCACUGAUGUCAAUCUAUCGGAAACUGUGGCCCUGCCCGUUAGUCCCAACUACCGGGAAUCUUGGCUGAAAACGAAGAUGGCCCUGAAGUACCUGCAUGAGCACCACCUCAACGAAGCCGAUUGGUUUCUGGAGGCCGACGACGAGACGUUCGUGGUAAUGGAGAACCUGCGAUACAUGGUCUAUCCCUACAGUCCACAGUUGGCCAUCUACUUCGGCUCACCGGGCACUGUGAUGAGUCGUGCUGCACUGCGCCGCUUAGUGGAGGUAUCCCUGCCCAAUCCUGCCAAGUGCGAGCCAAGGGAUGAGGGUGCCACCGCAGGCAAGUUGAGGGAGUGCCUCGAGAAUGUGAAUGUGCGGGCGGGCAGCACCUACGACUCCAAGGGACGCAGGCGCAUGCAUCUCAUCGAGCCGCAGGCCAGAUCCAAUCUGUUUCUGCGCUAUGACCCAAACUCCUGGUUCUGGAAGUUCCUCAUCUACAGAACGCAAGAUGGAAUUUUCGCUUGGUCCAACUAUGCGGUUUCGUUUCAUUACGUUCAUCAUCACUAUAUCCACUGUUUCGAGUAUAUGAUCUACAGACUAAGGAGUUUUGGUCGAAAACAGAUUGAAGAAUCACUGCCAGCUAAGUUUUAUACCGCCGACGAGGAAGUGACAGGAGCACAUCCUAUGGGUGCUGAGCCAGAAGUUCCAGCUGACUACGCUUAUUAAGAGAUAAUGCUUCUCCUUUAACAUAAUAAUAAAACAAAAUCCAAGUUUUUAAUUGGUA